UGCCAGCACCCCCGAGGUCGUACACAAUGUAACGUGAUAGGGAUGUCAAUGAUUUGAGCUGCACACAUCAUGAUUUGUACAGCAAAGAUUAAAUAAAAAUGGCACUAGCUGAGCCUCUGUCCAAGAAAACUGGAAAAAUGGAAGCAAGUGAUGAUGACAGAGAUAAAAAUUUGCCAGAUCUCUCGACAGAGGAAAGUCAAAAUAGUGAAGCAAAUGAUAAGGAGGAAAAUGUAAAUCUGUGUGAGCUUUCUACAGAGAGAAGUCAAAAACGGGAAUUGAGUGAUCUUCAAGAUGAUGAAAAUAGCUUGGACUCAGAGAGUGAAACACCGAGUUCCAGUAAGAUAAGAAAGACACACCUACCAUUGACUUCCUCGGAUUAUACGACGGGGAACGAGUCUGAAGAAGAAUUGGACUUAAGCUGCUCAGGUGAGGAAGGUGUGAACGAUUCUGUAGGUAACUGGGAAUAUAAGGACUUACUGGGCUUGAACAUCUGUUACAAGGAGACACCAGAAUCAUUGGAAAACUUUAUCCAGGAAGUCAAGGACGCUUUCUUGAAUCGGAAGGGUUUCUGUCCUGAUUGCAGUGAAGUAACCAGAAGUUUAAAGAGACACCUAGAAGAGAGUUUGACAUUUUCUUAUGAUUUAAGAAAGAUUAAAGACCUUGCGUAUACUUCAGUGGAUUAUAGAGAAGAUGAGUUAAAGAAAGUCCACCGAGAGAUGGAGGAAAUUGUGAAAAAGAUGUGGAGAAAUUCUGAAAAUAUGCAGUCUAAUAGACAGUAA